AUGGGAGAAACUGAAAGUGAAAAGCUGGAAAUUCAGGAAGCUGAGCGUGGGCCCAAAAAGACGUUGCUUCUCCCUCUGAGCUCCAGGAAGGGGAAGCCUCUCCGCGAGCGCCCCCUCGAGUCCACCCUGAACCCUGUGCGAGCCUCUCCACGAGCGCCCCCCGGCGGCCGACCCGAGCCUCUCCGCGAGCGGCCCCCGGCGGCCGACCCGAGCCUCUCCGCGAGCGCCCCCCGGCGGCCGACCCGAGCCUCUCCGCGAGCGCCCCCUCGAGUCCACCCUGAACCCUGUGCGAGCCUCUCCACGAGCGCCCCCCGGCGGCCGACCCGAGCCUCUCCGCGAGCGGCCCCCGGCGGCCGACCCGAGCCUCUCCGCGAGCGCCCCCUGGAGUCCACCCUGAGCCCUGCCCGAGCGUCUCCGCGAGCGCCCCCGGCGGCCGGCCCGAGUCUCUCCGCGAGCGCCCCCUGGCGGCCGACCCGACCUCCCCGCGAGCGGCCCCUCGAGUCCACCCUGAGCCCUGCCCGAGCCGCUGCGCGAGCGCCCCCCGUCUCUCCGCGAGCGCCCCCUGGAGUCCACCCUGAGCCCUGCCCGAGCCUGUCCGCGAGCGCCCCCCGGCGGCUGACCCGAGCCUCUCCGCGAGCGCCCCUCGGCGGCCGACCCGAGCCUCUCCGCGAGCGCCCCCUCGAGUCCACCCUGAGCCCUGCCCAAGCCUGUCCGCGAGCGCCCCCUGGCGGCCGAUCCGAGCCUGUCCGCGAGCGCCCCCUGGCGGCCGACCCGAGUCUCUCCGCGAGCGCCCCCCGGCGGCCGACCCGAGCCUCUCCGCGAGCGCCCCCUCGAGUCCACCCUGAACCUUGUGCGAGCCUCUCCACGAGCGCCCCCCGGAGGCCGACCCGAGCCUCUCCGCGAGCGGCCCCUCGAGUCCACCCUGAGCCCUGCCCGAGCCUCUGCGCGAGCGCCCCCCGGCGGCCCACCCGAGUCUCUCCGAGAGCGCCCCCUCCAGUCCACCCUGAGCCCUGCCCGAGCCUCUGUGCGAGCGCCCCCGUCUCUCCGCGAGCGCCCCCUCGAGUCCACUCUGAGCCCUGCCCGAGCCUCUCCGCGAGCGCCCCCCGGCGGCCGACCCGAGCCUCUCCGCGAGCGCCCCCUCCAGUCCACCCUGAGCCCUGCCCGAGCCUCUGCGCGAGCCUCUGCGCAAGCGCCCCCCGGCGGCCGACCCGAGCCUCUGCGCGACGCCCCCUCGAGUCCACCCUGAGCCCUGCCCGAGCCUCUCCGCGAGCGCCCCCUGGAGUCCACCCUGAGCCCUGCCCGAGCCUCUCCGCGAGCGCCCCCCGGCGGCCAACCCGAACCUCUCCGCGAGCGCCCCCUCGCGUCCACCCUGAGCCAUGCCCGAGCCUCUCCGCGAGCGCCCCCUCGAGUCCACCCUGCGCCCUGCCCGAGCCUCUCCGCGAGCGCCCCCUGGAGUCCCCCCUGAGCCCUGCCCGAGCCUCUCCGCGAGCGCCCCCCGGCGGCCGACCAGAGUCUCUCCGCGAGCGCCCCCUGGCGGCCGACCCGAGCCUCUCCCGCCCCCUGGAGUCCACCCUGAGCCCUGCCCGAGCCUCUCCGCGAGCGCCCCCCGGCGGCCGACCCUUGCCUCUCCGCGAGCGCCCCCUCGCGUCCACCCUGACCAAUGCCCGAGCCUCCCCGCGAGCGCCCCCCGGCGGCCGGCCCGAGUCUCCCCGCGAGCGCCCCCUGGCGGCGGCCUCUCCCUGUAGACUGGAGGCUCCCGGGGGGCAGGGAACGCCGGAGACCCUUUCCCGAUUUCAAAAGCGGACUUGUUUUCCCCUCCGGAUUUCUCCCCUGGAUCGUGAGCCCCGCGAGAAACGGGGACCGCCUGUUGUGGCGGGACGCAUCCCAGCGUUUAGCACAGGGCUGGUGCUCAAUAAAUACCGGAGCCGACGCGAGUAUGUGAUCCGUGACGGGAAGCUCCGGGAUAAACCGCCGGAGGUGUUCCUCCCGGGGGGACGGGGAGUCAUUGCCGGAGGAAGUUGGCAGAAGAUAUUUCUAGGAUCAAAAACGAUACACAAUUUCAGUUCUUUAUCCGAUGCCGACAUCGAACGGAUUCCAGACCCAAUCCGGACGCUCCGCGGGCUGCCCGGUCUGGAAAACGGCAUCCGGUUAGGUGACACAAUUCCUCCCCCACCAGAUCCCAAAGCUGUCAAGGGAAACAAGCCCUCUGGCCUCCGUCUGCACCAUCCGUCCGGCAGCUGGCCUUCCCGAACUCCAUCAGCACCAUCCGUCCGGCAGCUGGCCUUCCCAGUAAACGCCAACCCCAUUUUAAUCAACCAGCUCCACGGUUUUAAAGGCAGAAAGACCCACGCUUCCUAA